AGAGUGAGAAAAUACUCUCGAGGGCGGAAGUGGUGGAAACCGGAAGGGGAGUUGCUAGUUAAUCUGGUCACGUGUGCACCGGAAUGGGCGGGGAUAGGAGGCUGCCGGAAGAGGGUGGAAGAGAUGCGCUAGCCAAUCAGCUGGCGAACAGUCUUUCGGGUUGACCAAUGAGCUCACGCCUCGCGCACAAUGUCUCGUGACGUGGGCGUUUCACAAGCACGUUCGGGCGCGUUGGGCGGCGUCCGAGUAUAAAAGGCUCUGCCCGAGCACUCGUCCGCCAUUCUUGGGUUCGUUUAGAGGUUUGAAUUUUCUCGUAGAAAGACAGCCCGGCCAAGAGGAAACUGAAACAAGCCGCAACAUCGAAUUCCUUGAAAGGAUCCCGAGAGGGGGGAAGGGAAAAACAGCAGCCACCAGCCCAACCACUGUGUCUUCUGCCCCUUCCACCAAUCUUGCCCACCCCACCAGCCCACGCUGCCUGGGACUUGAAGUCUGUGGCCGAAGGACCGUCACCACAUACCUUCAAAAAUAUUCAACCACCCUCCCCUUACCAAAUCUACCCAGAUUCACUCAACCAGCGUUUACUUUUUUUAGUCCACUCAGUACUUUUUUUUUCCUGCGACCCCCUCCCGAAAUGGAGUUGGGUGGGGGUUCAGUGUGAAUACUGAUUGGCCUACAUUUUUUUAAAGAGACUUUUUGAUCCAAUGAGACCCCCCAAAUAACUGAGUUUUGGGUCCUGGUUGGUUGUUUUACUUUUUUCCUCCCCAAAUUUUAAUCCCCCUCCCCCCCCCUGAGCCCGAGGUGCUGACGUCGCAAAAAAUUUGGAUAAAACGUUGAUCAUGGGUUCGGGUCCCAUAGACCCCAAAGAGCUCCUCAAAGGCCUGGAUAGUUUUCUUAACCGAGAUGGGGAAGUCAAGAGUGUGGAUGGAAUUUCCAAGAUUUUCAGUCUAAUGAAGGAAGCACGGAAGAUGGUGAGCCGAUGCACUUACUUGAACAUUCUCCUGCAGACUCGGUCACCAGAAGUGCUGGUCAAGUUUAUUGAUGUAGGUGGCUACACACUUCUUAAUAACUGGCUGACAUAUUCAAAGACAACCAACAACAUUCCCCUCUUGCAGCAGAUCCUACUGACUCUGCAGCACUUACCACUCACCGUGGAUCAUCUCAAGCAGAACAAUACAGCCAAGCUGGUGAAGCAACUGAGCAAAUCAAGUGAAGAUGAAGACCUUCGGAAAUUGGCUGCGGUCCUUGUCAGCGACUGGAUGGCUGUUAUCCGCUCUCAGAGCAGUACCCAGCCUGCUGAGAAAGAUAAGAAAAAACGUAAAGAAGAAGGAAAGAGCCGAACUAUUCCUCCUGAGAGACCUUUGACUGAGGUGAAAACUGAGACUCGGGCUGAAGAGGCCCCAGAGAAGAAAAAGGAGAAGCCCAAGUCUCUUAGAACUACAGCACCUAGCCAUGCCAAGUUCCGUUCCACAGGUCUAGAGCUAGAGACGCCAUCUUUGGUGCCUGUGAAGAAGAAUGCCAGUGCAGUAGUGGUUUCUGACAAGUACAACCUUAAACCUAUUCCCCUCAAGCGACAGAGUUCUGCUGCUGCUCCUGGAGAUGUUGCACCCCCUGCAGAGAAGAAAUACAAGCCACUCAAUACAACACCUAAUGCCACCAAAGAGAUCAAAGUGAAGAUCAUCCCACCUCAACCUAUGGAGGGCCUGGGCUUUCUAGAUGCUCUCAAUUCAGCCCCUGUUCCAGGCAUCAAAAUUAAGAAGAAGAAGAAGGUGCUGUCACCUACAGCUACCAAGCCAAGUCCAUUUGAAGGGAAAACAAGCACAGAACCAAGCACAGUCAAACCUUCUUCCCCAGAACCAGCACCCCCUUCUGAGGCAAUGGAAACAGAGCGUCCAGGCACUCCAGUUCCCCCUGUUGAAGUCCCAGAGCUCAUGGAUACAGCUUCUUCGGAGCCAGGAGCUCUGGAUGCAAAGCCAGUGGAGAGUCCUGGAGAUCCAAGCCAGCUGACCCGGAAAGGCAGGAAGAGGAAAACUGUGACCUGGCCUGAAGAGGGCAAGCUGAGAGAGUAUUUCUAUUUUGAACUAGAUGAAACUGAACGAGUAAACGUGAAUAAGAUCAAAGACUUUGGUGAAGCAGCUAAGCGAGAGAUACUGUCAGACCGACAUGCAUUUGAGACAGCUCGGCGUCUGAGCCAUGAUAAUAUGGAAGAGAAAGUUCCCUGGGUGUGCCCUCGUCCUCUGGUUCUGCCCUCACCACUUGUCACUCCUGGAAGUAACAGUCAGGAGCGAUAUAUCCAGGCUGAGCGGGAGAAAGGAAUCCUUCAGGAGCUUUUCCUGAACAAAGAGAGUCCUCACGAGCCUGAUCCUGAGCCCUAUGAACCUAUACCCCCGAAACUCAUCCCCCUAGAUGAGGAAUGUUCCAUGGAUGAAACUCCUUAUGUUGAGACUCUAGAAGCCGCAGGGGCUGGUGGCUCACCAGAUGGGGCAGGGGGCUCGAAGUUGCCUCCGGUUCUGGCCAAUCUUAUGGGAAGCAUGGGUGCUGGAAAAAGCCCCCAGGGUCCUGGAGGAGGAGGCAUCAAUGUCCAGGAGAUCCUCACAUCCAUAAUGGGUAGCCCAAAUAGCCAUCCAUCAGAUGAAAUGCUGAAGCAACCAGACUAUUCAGACAAGCUGAAGCAGAUGCUAGUACCACACGGACUCUUGGGCCCUGGUCCAAUAGCCAAUGGUUUCCCACCAGGAGGCCCUGGGGGUCCCAAAGGCAUGCAGCACUUCCCCCCUGGACCUGGAGGACCUAUGCCAGGUCCCCAUGGAGGCCCUGGGGGCCCCGGUGGGCCAAUUGGUCCACGUCUUCUCGGUCCUCCACCUCCUCCUCGAGGGGGUGAUCCCUUUUGGGAUGGGCCUGGUGACCCCAUGCGGGGUGGCCCAAUGCGAGGUGGUCCAGGACCUGGUCCUGUUCCAUACCAUAGAGGUCGUGGUGGCCGAGGAAAUGAACCACCUCCUCCUCCUCCUCCAUUUCGAGGAGCCAGAGGAGGUCGCUCUGGAGGUGGACCCCCAAAUGGACGAGGAGGCCCCGGUGGAGGCAUGGUUGGAGGUGGUGGACAUCGCCCCCAUGAAGGCCCUGGUGGGGGCAUGAGCAGUGGAAGUGGACAUCGCCCCCAUGAAGGCCCUGGAAGCAGUAUGGGUGGAGGUGGGGGACAUCGCCCCCAUGAAGGCCCUGGCAGCAUGGGCGGGGGCAGUGGACAUCGACCUCAUGAAGGCCCUGGUGGGAACAUGGGUGGCAGUGGUGGACAUCGUCCCCAUGAUGGUCCUGGACAUGGGGGUCCCCAUGGCCACAGACCUCAUGAUGUCCCUGGUCACCGAGGCCAUGAUCAUCGAGGACCACCCCCUCAUGAGCACCGUGGCCAUGAUGGCCCUGGCCACGGAGGAGGGGGCCACCGAGGACACGAUGGAGGCCACAACCAUGGAGGAGACAUGUCAAACCGCCCUGUUUGCCGACAUUUCAUGAUGAAGGGCAACUGCCGCUAUGAGAACAACUGUGCCUUCUACCACCCGGGUGUCAAUGGGCCCCCCCUGCCCUAGGGAUCACCUGCCUGCUCCUCUCACACACCCCUGUGGACUGUAGCCUUGCUCCUUCCACCCUGUGUUAUGGCUUCUGUGAGGCCCAUUUUCCCCUUUCCCCAGCUGAUGAGGAGCCGGCCCCUCAGUUCCCACCUGCUUGGGUUCCUGGGGGUUUCUGAUCACUGGUGCGCAUUGAUGUACAUAUUUUCCUCCAGUCUGGGGAGGAGAGAGACUGGACACAUUCUGUACCCUGGACUGCUGAAGAGGAGACCCAGUUGACUUCACUUUUUGAGGAGAUCUGCCCUGUACUUCAAACCCCUUUCCAGUAUUACCCUUGAUGCCUGAGAACCUAAAGCUUGUCAUCCUGGAGAAGACCUUUACUCGUCUACUACGGAUCCUUCACAUGCACAUACAACUUUGACAUGGGAUCAGCUGCACCUAUGAAAUCAUCCCCGCCAAGUUCAUGAUUCCUCGUAGAGUGAAGAGAGAGUGAAAGGGGUAGUCCCACUGCACUGAGAGAACUCAAUCAGGCUGGACUUGAGUUCUGGAACACAUCCCCACUCUUCCCCCUGACACAAGAUUUACAUUUGGAUCUUCAAGACUUUGCGACCUUCUAACAAACACCUAAGUUUGCAUCAUGGGUCUGCCUGGUUCAAUGAUGACAUCUAUAUGUAUGCUUUCAAUGAGUUUUAGCUGGCAUGGGUGAGGCCAGUGGUGUUGCUUCACCCUUCCCUAUAGUUUAGUCUAGAAACUAUAAAACACCUCAGUGAGACCAGCUUUCAUCAACUUUUGCCCAGCAUACUGGGCCUGAUAGUCACACUACAUGCACUGCCUUUGGGAGUGAGCGUGCUCCUUGCCCCUACAUGGAACCCUGUCGGUGUGAGGCCUCCAGCUCCCUUGCCCCGUCAGCCACUGCUGAGUCCCCACCAGGUUCCUCCUGUGUGGAUUUGACAAGAUCACAUCCCUUUCCCCAGCUGUCCCCUUCACCUGUCUCAGCAUCAGUUGUUUUCUAUGAAAACAGUGGAUUGGUUGGGUUUUGUGCAGGGUCUUGGGUUAGAGCCACAAUGGAUUUGAGGAUGAUUAUUUUUUCUUUUGGUUUUGUAUAUUUUGUACAUUAUUAAUAAAAUGUGGAAAGAGAAGCAUCUUAUUUAA